GGGAAAUUGCCCUGAUUAUCGUACGAUCUCGGACAGAUUUCCAAUUGGAUAAAAUCUCUACUUUCUCUUUAAAUGUCCUUCUGUCGCAUGACGUCAACUAGCACAGUCCUCGGGGAGAACUGGUCCAACCCCGAGACUCUUGUUCAUGAGAUUAACACCUCUGGUUUCGGUUGACGCUUAGGAGAACGCUACCUCUGUACAGUAUUAGACAAAAGAUCCAUUCGACCGGCCAGAACAUCUAUAUCAAGGCCAUCCGCUAUAGCCGAGAAAGUGGAACCCUAGGCUCUCCAACGUCUUCAACCCUGGGAGACACAGUCGUUGUACGCUCGGUACGAAGCUAGGGAUUUUUUUUUGCCUCUACUCGCUUCCAUAGCUAUUAGCACUAAACUAGAAAAAUACCGCGCUCAAAAUAUGCUGAGGGUCGGCGCACGGGUAAGUCGCCCACCAACGUGGGCCAUCACUUCCAGACCUACUAGGUCGACCUAUCAUUCGCAGAGGAUAAACAGGCUUUUGGUUUCGAGGCAUUUCGUGACAGUGGGCGCCCAAUGCAGGCAGGAAGCUGAAGAUCCGGGUCAGGGGUCAUCUAGCCCUCAGCAAAAGCAAUGGACUACAGGAGCUCGCUUUGCCAUUGCUUCCUCCACACUCCUUCUCUCAGGUCUCGCCGGCUAUUAUAUAGGCAUCGGAAGAGAACUAGAACCAGGAUCGACAUCUACCACGUCGCUAGAAGAGUUCCCACUACCACAUCAUGAUACCUCGCCAUCCAACAUUCAAGCCGCUAUUGAAGAGUUCGUGAACGUUCUAGGUAAGGACAAGGUCACCAGUGAUAAGGAAGCUUUGGCACCCUAUGCGACCUCCGAAUGGUCGUCUUAUUCUCCCAAGGAAACCGAAGUCUCAUCAGUAGUCGUAUGCCCUUCGACCACAGAAGACGUCUCCCGUGUGAUGGAGGUCUGUCAUAGACGCAGACUGCCAGUGACGGCAUAUGCAGGAGGGACGAGUCUAGAGGGGCAUUUCGCACCGACGAGAGGAGGCGUCUGCAUUGAUUUCCAAAGCAUGGAUCAGAUCAUAUCCGUUCACAAAGAUGACUUGGACGUCGUGGUCCAGCCUGCUGUGCCGUGGGAAACGUUAAACGAAGAACUUGCCAAAGACGGGCUCUUCUUUCCUCCAGACCCUGGCCCUGGCGCUAUGAUCGGCGGCAUGGUGGGUACCGGUUGUUCAGGAACAAAUGCCUAUCACUAUGGAACAAUGCGUGACUGGGUAUUGUCUUUGACUGUAGUUCUAGCCGAUGGAACAGUUGUCAAGACCAGGCAGCGGCCACGGAAAUCCAGUGCAGGCUACGACCUGACUAGGAUGUUUAUUGGGAAUGAGGGUACGCUGGGCCUGGUUACGGAGGCGACUUUGAAGCUGGCCGUCAAGCCGAUCAACGAGGCAGCAGCAGUCGCAUCUUUUGCGUCAAUUCAUGAUGCAGCCAGUUGUGUGUCUGAAGUGGUUAAAAGGGGGAUCAAUAUUGCCGCCGUGGAGCUCCUUGAUGAUGUGCAGAUGAAGUGCAUCAACGCGAGCCAAUCCACCAGUCGUUCAUGGGACGAGGCCCCGACUUUGUUUUUCAAGUUCUCUGGCGCGCCAGAUGAAGUGAAGGAGAAGAUAUCGAUUGUCCAGAAACUGGCUGAGAGUGCUAACAAUAAGACCUUCACCUUUGCCCGCAGCGCGGAUGAGGUUGACGAGCUGUGGAGCGCAAGAAAGGUGGCGCUCUGGAGUAUUAUGCAGAUGAAGCAGCAGCCUACUGACCGUGUCUGGACCACGGAUGUUGCCGUACCAAUGAGUAGAUUACCAGAUAUCAUUGAACAGACUAGGGAGGAGAUUUCUAGCAGCGGUUUACUUGGAGGCAUCGUCGGGCAUGUAGGAGAUGGGAAUUUCCAUGCCAUGCUUCUCUUCAAUGACGAUCAACGUGAAAUUGCAGAGAGGGUUGUCCAUAACAUGGUCAAGCGUGCUGUUGAAAUGGAAGGGACCGUCACUGGGGAACAUGGAGUGGGCAUGGUCAAGAGGGACUACCUAGAACACGAACUCGGCACGACAGCGGUUGACGCUAUGCGCAGAUUAAAACAAGCCUUUGAUCCUCUUUGUUUGCUUAAUUGUGAUAAGGUUGUGCGAGUUCAAGUCCCAAAGCAGGGAGAAGUCCCCAAGUGGUAGAGAGUGAAGGUUGCUGCACUCGUAAGACCUCAUUACAUGGAACUAAUGGUACGGCACCAAGUAUUGCACUGGCGUUGAUUACUGGCUAUGUCUAUACUUGAUGCUUUAGUGCCUAUACCUACCUAUUAUCUAACGUAAAAUCCAGUAAAACGGUUCAGAGAGCUAAGACCAAGGUUACUAUACUUCUACUACACUUAUUAGUCCUGGUACUUCUAGUUCUACAAGUACUUUUACUAUAUAUUGUUUAC